UGUCUGAUAGAAUCGAUAGCAUCGAAUAAACAUCGGUUUUUGUUCCACCUCUAUAGCAUAAAGUCAAAACUUCGUAGACUUAACGAAUCAUAGCAAUCGCUCGAAGACUGCACCGCCACCCACGACUUCAUCGACGGCACCGCAGCGGGAAGAGCGGGAGCAGCAGCAGCAGCAAGAGACGCCACCAUUGCAGCAGGAUCAGCAGGAGAAUCCGCCCUUACAGGACCAAGAGCUGCACCCAUUGCACGACCAACACGCUCACGAAUAUCCGGCAGUGCAGGAGAAUCAACAAGCGGAGCUAAAUCAGGAGCUGCAUCACAUUGAGGGGCUUAUCCGGCACCGAGAAUUGCUGAAUCCGGAAGAGCAUCCGCCACAAGCAUCGCUUGAAAACCGGGAGCCAUCAGUACAAGAAGAUACUAACCAAGAUCCGGAUGAGCCACACGUUCGAGAUCCCGAUAUCGAACCAGAAACCGAGCCACCGCCACCGCUGCUUCUCGAAGAUCUGGACGAGCAGGACUCCGGAUCGCAGGAUCUCAACGAGCAGCAGCCGCCACUGAUUAUAGACGCCAACGCCAUAGCCGAAACCAUAGACGCCAACGCCGUGGAGCGCAUCGACGACUACGAAGACGACGACGAGGAGGUGGAUGAAGAGGAGGAGGUGGUAGAGGACCGGGUCGACAGAGCCGGCGAAGUCGCUUCCGUUUCCGGUGCCCAGCGGCUGCACUCGGUGGCAGUUUUGCCGCGCUACUCCUCAGCCUCACGCGCCCCACGUGGCAGCAGCAGCAACAGCAACAACAAUAACAACAACAAUAUCAGCAACCACAACAAUAACAACACUACCAACAGCAGCAGCAGCAGCCUCUCGCGACGCACUCGCCACUUCUACAGCAACAACGGCAGUCACUUCAGCAACGACAUGUUCCCCAGCCACGCCCCCCGCAGCAGCACCCAGGCAUCAUCGCCGCGGGUCGGAGGUCGCCGCCAUCACUCGACCCCCGCCGCCAGCUCCAAUUCGCCCCAGCACCAGGGCGUGGAUCCCCUGAGGCUGCUCUAUCCCAAUGUCAACGAGAGCGAGACACCGCUGCCCCGGUGCUGGAGUCCCCAUGACAAGUGCUUGUCCAUCGGAUUGUCGCAGAACAACCUGAGGGUCACCUACAAGGGUGUGGGCAAGCAGCACAGUGAUGCCGCCUCAGUGCGCACUGCCUAUCCGAUCCCGUCCUCCUGCGGACUGUACUAUUUCGAGGUGCGGAUCAUCUCCAAGGGACGCAACGGCUACAUGGGCAUUGGACUAACUGCCCAGCAGUUCCGUAUGAACCGCCUGCCAGGUUGGGACAAACAGUCGUACGGGUACCACGGCGACGAUGGCAACUCGUUUAGCUCCUCGGGAAAUGGCCAAACCUACGGCCCCACUUUUACCACCGGCGAUGUGAUUGGAUGCUGCGUCAACUUUGUGAACAACACGUGCUUUUACACAAAGAACGGAGUGGAUCUGGGCAUCGCAUUUAGGGAUUUGCCGACUAAGCUUUAUCCCACUGUGGGCCUACAGACUCCUGGCGAGGAAGUGGAUGCCAACUUUGGUCAGGAACCAUUUAAGUUCGACAAGAUCGUCGACAUGAUGAAGGAGAUGCGCUCCAAUGUGCUGCGCAAGAUCGAUCGAUAUCCACAUCUGCUGGAGACCCCGGAAAACCUGAUGAAUCGCCUGGUUUCCACCUAUCUGGUGCAUAAUGCGUUCAGCAAGACCGCCGAGGCCUUUAAUGGUUACACAAAUCAGACUUUCAACGAGGACUUGGCAUCGAUCAAGACACGUCAAAAGAUCAUUAAGCUUAUACUGACAGGCAAAAUGAGCCAGGCCAUCGAGCACACACUACGCUCUUUCCCCGGACUUUUGGAGAAUAAUAAAAACCUCUGGUUUGCAUUGAAGUGCCGUCAGUUUAUUGAAAUGAUCAAUGGAGCAGACAUUGAGAACGUGAACAACAAAGUCACCGCCACCACACAGACCAUGCCCACAAACCAGACGUCAGUGAUACAGUCCACCAAGACGUUCAAGCACAGCAAGAGCGGCAACGGAAAUGGCAACGUCAACAUUAAUCAGACACAACAACAGAACAACACUGCGACUCCUGCUGUGAUAAAGCCACAAGGCGGCGAUAGGCCAGAUAUAAAAAACAUGUUGGUUGACGACAACUCCAACAAGUGUGUGGAGCACGACAGCAACAGCAUGGACGUAGAAAUGGAGCCCUGCCAGAGUCACUCCAACGGCGGAGACUCCAGCUCCAAUGGCAAUGCCAGGGCUGUGCGCAACUCUCUAGAUGCCAUCGACGAGGAAAUGGAUGUUUCCCCCUCAUCGCGUAACUGUGGUCGUGUGAUCGAGAAGAUCCUUGAGUUCGGCAAGGAACUGUCCAGCAUGGGCCAGCAGCUGGAGAAGGAGAACCUAAUGACUGAAGAGGAGCGUCAAAUGUUGGAGGAUGCAUUUAGUCUGAUUGCCUACUCAAAUCCUUGGUCCAGUCCGCUGGGCUGGCUGUUGUGUCCUUCGCGACGUGAGAGUGUUUCCACCACGCUCAACUCGGCCAUAUUGGAAUCCCUAAACUUCGAGCGUCGUCCGCCGCUGGAAUAUCUGGUGGCUCACGCCUCGGAACUGAUCAAGGUGAUCGGACAGCAUUCGCUGGGCGAGGACGCUUUCAUUACCAUCGACGAUGUGUUCCCGCAAAAUUGACCCAGUUCACCGACGCUGCUGAAGAUGUUCGAGACCACGCUGACCCUGCCGCGAACCAGUGUGCUUACGGAACCGUUGGGCAGCGCCGGAACCGGAUCUGGGCCCUCCACAUCAACGGCUGCCGUGGCAGUUCAGACCAGCAAACGACGCCGAAGGCGACGGAACAAACGUCGCCGCAAAUCCUCCCUGUCCAGCAAUACCGAUGCCCCGUCGUCCCGGACCUACGAUCCCGUGAUGACGGGCAGUACACUCCGGUCGGCAGCUGCGACAUCGGUGGGCGGGAGCGCGGGCACGGGACCAGUGCGUCGGGGUCGUCGCAGGAGCGGGGUCAGCUCAUCUUCAUCGGCGGCAGCGGCUGCAGUAGCGGCAGCGGAGGAGGAGGCGGAAGAAGCGGAGGCGGCGCGCCAGGAGGAGGCAGCGGAAACCUUGAGCGGAAACAGCAGCCCAUCGAUGUUCGUCGAUCCGCAAGACUUCUUUGAGACCCUGGACUAAAUUUAGAUUAUUUACAAUUUGCAGUAGGUUAAAUUUUGUUGUUACUUCCGUUCUCUAUUUUUUACCUGCGCCCCAGGCUUCAGUGCGCCUAUUUGAAACUAAUCGCCGUUCUUUUAAUUGUUCGAUUAUGCUAAAGAUGCGAUGCGUUUUGCGGCCUUUGAUUUAGCGUGAUUUUUAAUAACUUUUAACACAUAUUUUAUAUAGCCUCUGUAAGCAUACCGUGUGUAAUAUUAUGAUGUAUAAUUAAAUUUGCAAACUGUGCUGCGACACGACCUUUGCAACUGAUUUAACCCUUUGUUUUUCGCUUCCACCGCCCGACACACAACACUCACACACCAAAAUAUAAUCUAGAAUUGAUAGUGAAGGGACUAGCCUGGAGCAAAAACUGUUCAAUCAUCUCCUAGCAAGUUAAUAGAGAACCGAACCCAUAGUUAAUUGGUAGACAUCCGCGUUCUAAUUCUCCGUGUUUUCAGCGAUUCAUCCCGUGUAUUGUGGCAAGACUAAGCAAAAGCAAAUGAAAAUUUUAAGUCUAAUGUUUCGCUAUAGUGAUUAAGCAUAUUAAAUUGUAAUCUAUAUAUACAAGAUUGGUCAUACACACAUUCGGCAAGCAUGAAUAGAAUUUAACUGGAUAAUCGUUUAAAUAUAUUGUAUGGAUGUGUAUUUCAGUA